AACAUUUAUCACCUCAUGAAGACGUGAAGACAUCACAGAAAGAGACGGAGGGGGAAGCCAUGCGCUGGACUGCAGUGGCCGCGUUACUUCUUGCAUUUCUCUCUGUGUCAGGGGUCAGGGGUCAGAACGGCUGGAGCGUGACCUACCCUCCCUCACAGAUCUGCGCCAUAAAAGGCUCAACGGUGGAUUUGCAAUGCAACUACACACAUCCAGACAGAGAGGGGGUUACGGUCAUAGAAGUUACAAACCGAAUAUGGUUCACCAAAGAACAACUUGCUGCUCCUGUGGAUCUGAAAGCUGACCCAGACUACGCAGGUCGUAUAGAGUAUAAAAAUGGCUGCGCCGUGGCUAUCAGGGACGUACGAGAGAGUGACGCUGCUGUCUACAAGUUCAGGUUCAUAACCAAUCACCCAAGUGGAAAAUACACCGGCUCGCCAGGGGUCACUUUGUCAGUCUCUGCCGUCGAGCUGCAGGUGGUCAAAUGGGAGCGCAGACCGAGCGGGACUCUGGCAGAGAUGACGUGCAAAAGCAAAUGUCUGCCUGACCGACAUCCUUACAUCUGGAUCAAGAACGGGCAGAACGUUUUGACGCAGACCUCCUCGCCUUUUUCACACACGUUUUCUUUUGCGGACCGCGUUUCGUGCGCCGCGGCAGGACACAGACAGUUCCCGUCUCCGGCAGUGUACAUGCCAAAUCUUCCCUCGGUGUCGCUGAGUUCCUCUGGUCACAUUGUGGAGGGCGACCCAACAACUCUAACUUGUUCCAGUGAUGCUAAUCCAGUAGCUACAUACAGCUGGUACAAGAAGGACGCUUCUGGUCCUCUCAGCAAAGACUCACAACUCGUCUUCACGUCUAUCCAGUCCUCUGACUCUGGAGAGUAUUACUGUAAAGCUGAGAACGUGCUGAGAAUAAGGACAUCUAAAGUCGUCUUUAUUGACGUAAAAUACGCGCCAAGACUUCUUUCUGUGGCAUUAAGACCCUCUGGUGAAGUAGUGAGGGGAACCUCAGUGGACCUGAUUUGUAGCAGUGAUGCUAAUCCGACAGCUAAGCACAUCUGGUACAAGAAGAACAAUUCUGAGCCUCUGAGCAACGACACACAACUGGUCUUUGAGUCUAUCCAGUCAUCCGACUCUGGAGAGUACUACUGCACAUCAGAGAAUAUGCUGAGCAAAGCGACAUCUGAAGGCAUGCUUAUUGAUGUGAAAUAUCCGCCGAGCUUCCCCGUUGUUUCACAUAGUUUUCCAGGUGAAGUAGUGGAGGGAAACUCGGUGACUUUGACUUGUAGCGCUGAUGCUAAUCCAGGAGCUAAUUACACAUGGCACAAGGAGCACGAAGCCAAUCCUCUCAGCAAAGGCCCAAAACUUGUUUUCAAGUCUGUUCAGUCGUCUGAUUCUGGAAAAUAUUUCUGCAUGGCUGAGAACGUUCUCAACAGGACGACUUCGGACGGCUUCUUGAUUGACGUGGAAUAUGCUCCAAAGCUUCCCUUGGUCUCGUUGAGUCCGUCUGGUGAGGUCAUGGAGGGCAUUUCACUGACGCUCAGCUGCAUCAGUGAUUCAAACCCCGCCGCUAAUUACACCUGGUUCAAAGAAAAUGAGAAAACGCCACAAAGUUCAGGACAAAAUCUCACCAUCACAAAUAUUGGCCGACAGCAUAGUGGCCUUUACUACUGCGAAGCUCACAACAGCAGAGGGAGUCACAAAUCUGCCAUACAUCUUACUGUUGCUGCAAGGUACAGAAACAUGAUGUUCAAGAUAAUGAACAUCAUAAGGUUGGCUGUAGCUGCACUGCUGCUGCUGAUUCUUCUGUUUGCUUCUUCUCUUUGGACGAGAAAGAAGAAACCAACUGAAUCGAAGGAACAUGUCGAGAACAUAGAGCUGGACUUGUGUAAUGAAUAUGAGAACAUCUCGACCUUGAGAGCCUUUGUUGCAUCGCAGGAGGAGAGAGAAGCAAACCAACCCAACGUGAAACCAAGUGAAGUCACGACUUUAUGGGUAGAUGGACAGGAAUGAGAUCUUAACCAAAACGAUGACAUCUGGUGGCAGAAAUAAACAUUUUCAAACAGUGGCUAUAUUUUUAUAUUUUAUGCCUUGUGUUGGCUACUUUGUAAAUGUAGCUGGGUAAAGUCAAGUUACUAGUUUAAUAGUGGUGUACCUUCCAAUUACUUAAAACCUAAUUAUAUUUAGACAUUUUAAUUACUGUUUAACACAUUUAAAUCUCUGGUAGCGGCUGAAGGGCAAACGGCCUGCGAUCUAGAGGCAAGUGAAGUAACACGGUGUGGUGCUGUCAAGCAAAUUGGACAAUGUGGAUUCAAUGCUUUCAAAAAGUAAUUUCAUUUUUGCGUUAUUGUGAUGUUUCAUCCUCUACAUAAAAUGUUUUUCUCCUAAAUACAUUUCAUGUAGUACAUGGCCACCCAGUGUGAGUGCUGCAUAAGAACAAUGAAAUAAAAUCUGUAAAUAAAUACAGAUUGUGACACUGUGGAGGUGAGACCACAUGUAGAAAUGUUCAGAUGUUUAUAGCAGGUGUCUAACAAAAAUAUCCAUGUCGAUCCGUCCUGCCUGAAACAUGCAGACCGGAGUUACGUCAUUUUGAGAAUCAGCUGGUCCAGCUGUCCUUCCUGUAUAAGUUUUUUGUUUCUGUGUUUAAAGUGCCGUAUUUUCCGGACUAUAGAGCGCACCUCACUAUAAACCGCACCCACAAAGUUCUUUAAAGAAAACUGGAAACGUACAUAUAUAAGCCGCACCGGGCUAUAAGCCGCUGGUAUCGCCGCCGCUCUCGGUUUUCCACCUUAAUAAAUCUGCUAUUAAGGAUCCAGCCCACCGUCUCCAACGCUGAACCAUGGAUUCGUUCACGCCGAGCUUAGCGGCUAUCGAUCUGUACUGCCAGAUCGAUCGCUUUCAACUUAAAAGUUGGAUCAUAUUCUUCGUGUCGUUUCCAUGAUGAGUUUGAAAACAUUUCUCCGUCGUACCCGCUGCUAGCCUGUGCUUGUUCUAAAUGAAAAUCAGCGCUUUCUACUUUGAUUUUCAAUGUUGACUUCCAAUGAUUCACUUCCUGCUAAAGCGCCCCCUGGUGGCUGAAGAAAAGACGCACCGAGCUUUAAGCCACAUGGUUCAAAGCGAGGGAAACAAGUAGCGGCUCAUGAAAAUACGGUAAAAGUUGCCUGAGUUGGAUCUGUAGUUUAUAACAUAAUGACUGUUAGCUGCACAAGCUACACUGCUCUACUGUGAACAAGAGAGAAAUGUUGCUCAGUAGAUUCAUUUCCACUGACCAAAUAAUGACGGGAUUUGACGUUUUGAAAAUACAUUUGCUCAAAGGAAACACGGCAAUUUUGAAAAAAUGACUCUUGUUUUAUGAUCAAAGGUUUUGGCACCUAGGAUGAGGUGUUGUUUUUUUCUUCAAAAUUGGUUUAUUUCACAAAAAUGUAAUGGAAACUUUUUCUUUUUGCAACAAAACAGUCACAUGAUCAACAGCCACUGGCGCAAAUGACAAAGAAGAAAACAACAGGAAGUGGUAGAAGGAUGAUGGUUUUUAACUCGUGACCAAAAUUAUUCGCACGUGAUUUGAAUUAAGUUUCUUAUUUGAUGGAAACACCGCAAUUACAAAGUUGUGUUUUUUCGACAUUAGUAGAAUAUUGACGACGUUUUGUGUCCAUUUGCAGCUGGUGUCUGACAUGAAUCAUGAUGUUUUGUCCAUCUAAUGUUGCAGCAUUUGUGAACAAUCAGGAUUUUAUAUGUGAAUGUUGAUGGGUGUGUUCACUGACAAACUUGAUUUACCAUAUUUGGUCAUUUAUUUUGUGUUGUAACUGCAGUCAGGGCUCUGAUUUUGAUUGUGUGUCAUAAAGAUAUUAAAACUA